AGCUCGCGUUUCCAUUCGAAAUGUCAGAGCGUCACAUUUUUCCGGAUGAAUCUUCGCCAGCAACUGCUCCUCCGCCAUAUGAAGAGCUUCUACCUCCAGUCUUCUACGAAUCGGCGACAAUCACGCGAGCUCAUCCUGACAGCGGAGAUAGAAAUCAAGUAACAAAUCAGAGACGACCUAUACCAAUCAGCACCCAGGAGUGGAGAUCGACGACGAGAUCGCAGUUCACUCCUAUCUCCGCUGAAUACUUUUUGACGAAUGUCGAGCAGGUGGAGAUACAACCGAUAGUAGACCUCAAUGCACUCCUUGGACAAUCGGCAAAUCAAUUCAGGGUGAAAAUUCGAGGAGCAGAAACUCUAUUUUUAGCUUCGGAAAACUCUACAAAUUGUCAGAGAAAUAUUUUGGGUUCUUCGAGGAGUUUCACGAUGGAUGUGAGAGAUGCGUCUGGGGAAUCUGCCUUCACUCUGACGAAGAGACUCAGUUGGGGAUGUGUCCCAGGGUUUCUGCAUAAUAUGACUGUCGAAACCACUGAAUACAUCGGCAGUAUUGAGCAGAACUUGACUCUUUUCGGUCCCAGUUUCACGGUUUAUGAUGCUUCGAGAGAAGCCAUGUGCAUCAUAGAUGGACCCAAUAUGUGCUGCUGUUGCAUGAGCGAUGAAGUUUCUUUCCAGGUUUUGUCCAUAGACAUGACUCGCCAAAUAGCCUCCAUAAGUCAUCAAUACGAUCAUCUACUCGUCGAUCACAUUCUGCUCCUGACAUUUCCAAGUGAUGCUAAUGUGAGACUGAAGAGUCUUUUGAUGGCAGCAACAUUUUUAGUGGGGGCACUAUAUUUCGAUCGCUUGUCCAAUUCUCUUAGAUCUAGACCUACUAAUUAGCUGCUGUAUAAUUGUAUUAUUAUCAUUUUUAUUUGUAAUAAAUCAUAUAUCAGAAACUA